ACUAGGCCGUGUAGUUGAGUUGUUAUGACAAGCUGAGGCCUCGGACUAAAUUAGGUGCGAAGCCCCGAGCUUUGUCGGGCAAAAUCCGCAAUGGAGGGUAUGGACCUGGACCUAGACCAAGAGCUAAUGCAGAAGUUCAGCUGCAUGGGCACCACAGACAAAGACAUACUGAUCUCGGAGUUUCAGAGGCUGCUCGGCUUCCAGCUCAACCCUGCAGGAUGCGCCUUCUUCCUGGAUAUGACGAACUGGAAUCUACAGGCUGCUAUUGGAGCAUACUACGACUUUGAAAGCCCUAACAUCAGUGCACCUUGUAUGUCGCUGGUGAAAGAUGUGACCAUUGGUGAGGGUGAAUCCAUUCCUCCUGACACACCCUUUAUUAAAACCUGGAGGAUACAGAACACAGGCCCUGAGUCGUGGCCUCCUGGAGUGUGCCUGAAAUAUGUGGGGGGAGAUCAGUUCGGACACGUAAACAUGAUGAUGGUGCGCUCUCUCAACCCUCAAGAAAUAGUGGAUGUCAGUGUCCAAAUGCAGAGCCCUUCAUCUCCAGGCAUGUACCAGGGCCAGUGGAGAAUGUGCACAGCCACGGGACUUUACUUUGGAGAUGUCAUUUGGGUGAUUUUGAGUGUGGAGAUUGGAGGUCUUCUCGGGGUCACGCAGCAGCUCUCAUCUUUCCAGGCAGAGUUCAACACUCAGCCUCAUCGAAACCUGGAGGGAGACUACAACCCCUUCGCUUCGCCGCAGAAGGGCAAGUGCGUCAACGGCAACAACAGCAGUCUCCUCGACAACAGAGAGCUCACACAGCCACAACCAGAUCAGAAUGGACUUUCACACCCCUCUGUGGAUUUAGUAGCAAAUAAUCUGCAAAGCAAUCUAUCAUUAGUCUCUUCAAACCAGGGUUUAAAGGAGCCCUUUUCCUCCGGCCAGUCAUAAACCCUGGGAUGCAGUGACGUUAGAGGAGGAGCUGGUGGAGAAAUUCAGAACUCUAAAUUUAUGCAAACGUCAGUCUCCCUCGAAAACCGGGACUGACCGACUGUGCAGCUCACCCAGGCCCACACCCACAGUUUGCACGAGUGAAUGCUACUCAUAAAUGAGUGAUUUGAGCGAUUACUUUUCUCUGGAUUUUUUUUUAGUUGUGAGUUGAAUGACGGUGGAGAUGUGUAAUUGUACAAUGUGUAUACAGUAUGUGUGUAUCUUUAAAACCUUAGGAGGAAAGCCAUUUAUUUUGCCAAUUGAUUCUUAAGUCUCUGCUUUCACGUUUGGCAUAUUUAUUAAGAUUUUUUUCUUUUUACAAAUUUUUGGAUUGUGAAUAUCAGUAGUAAUGAUGGUAAUAAUCCUUAAUCUUAUGAAUUUUCAAUUUAAAGGAUUCUUCUAUGGGCUUUAUCACAGCUUUUGCAUAAUUGGUAACGUUAUUUGCAUUUCUAGUUUGUCUUAAGUCAGUAGGGAUUUGCAUAUCACCAUUUUUCUCCGCUAUAUUAUUCAUCAAGAGAAGCAAAGUAGUUCUAUAUAUUUUUUUCCAAUCCAUGGUACUUAACAUAAUCAAUAAAGUAAAGGUUUUAUAUUGUGUACAAUUUUUAGGAAGAGUAAUCACAUUCAUUUGUCUAAUACUUUAUUCUGUCAGACCAUAAUGCAGUAUUAAAGACAUUAUUAUACAAUUUAUUGACUAUAAAAUAUAAAGUAUGGUCUAGGCCUGUCCCGAUACACAAGAACUCCUAAGCAAGAUUACCCCCAAAAACUUUUCUGAAUGUACAAUAUUCAAAAUAUCAUGAGCUGCAAUAAAUAAACUGCAAAAUGAAACACUUUAGUACUUAGUUUGUGCGUAUAAUGAGUCAUGGAAGUUAUAUCCACUAGUGUAAAGAAAAUGUACACACAAAAAAUAUUGCCCCCAAAAAUAUUGUUCCAGCUUUCAUGUAUUGAACAAUAAGUUGAUGUAGUAAUUAUCGUGACAGGCCUAGUAUAGUCUACCAUUAUGUUAAAUGCAACUUUUGGGCCAAUCAUUCAUUCUUAAACUGUAUUUAUCCUGUAAUGGCCUUUUGUAAGUUAUCAUUUUAAUUUGAAUGUAUGAGAAAGAUACGGGAUAACAUUGUUGAUCUAUAUGGCCUUUUUAAUUUGUCUUGGUUAAAUUUCAAACUAUUUGUACAAAGAUGUCAACAUAAACUAAACAUAUUAAAGAAAUAUCUGCACUAUUUCUGAGCUAUGCAGUAAUGCGCUCCAGAAUAAGGCCUAAGUAUAUAAGCUCUUUCAACACAAAACUAGAACAAAUCCAUGUUUGCACCGAAACAUUUGAAAUCUUUUGACAUGAUUCAAACUUGACAAUAGCCAAAAGUACAAUGCUCCCAGUCCAAUAUGUUAAUGACACAUCCAACUGCAGAAUAAAAUUAUUGGUUCACUUCAUCCAGAGCAGAGAGGUGGAUAUAAAGCUUUUCCUGUAUGUUUGAUGAAUGUUUGUAUGAUUAAAUUAUCACUCAAAAAACUG